GGCCAGUGGUGUAUGUGCUAGACCUGGUUGACCGGCUCAUCUCCAAGGCCUGCCCCUUCGCCGCCGCCGGCAUCAUGGUGGGCUCCAUCUACUGGACCGCCGUCACUUAUGGGGCUGUCACCGUCAUGCAGGUGAGACCACCACACACACACACACACACACACACACACACACACACACACACACACUAAGGUUUCUGUUAGGAAAAUGUGGCGCCUGACAACAUGACCGGGAAGAUUUUAAUUUACCGGCCAUUUGAGAAGUUUACCGGACCCAUAUACAUUGGAUGUGUAACCCAUUAGGGCAUCCACCCAUGGUACUCAGAAUGACAGAAAUUACAUUUAAAGAUUAUGCAACUCCUGUAAUGAAGCAGCCAAUAAAACUUAAUUUUCUAACAUUUGCCUAAAUGCAAUUCUAAACAGCGCAUCUGAUGUGAGCAGUUCCAUAUUAGAAACUUAGAAAGAGGGGGAAUCUAAAGAUGCAACUACUAGAAUGGGUUGCUAAUAUAACUAGGAUUGUGCCUUUGGCUUUUGGACAACAAAAGAAAGUUGAAAUGAAAACCAAUAGAACAGGAGAGAAAUACUGGUUUCAAUGGCAUAGGAGGAAGUCUUUAUAAAAAAAUGGCCUCCACGUCUCUAUGAUCAGAUUUUACCUAGGCUACUUUGAAGCAAGGUAAGACAUGGCUCAUAAUAUGAAGUAAAAUGUUCAGGUUUCAAACAAAUAAAGGGUGACUGCACUUCCUGAUUUGGCCUCGUUUUAGAUUUGGUUCAAUAAGAAAUGCUACCAGCCAUGACUGAAUUCAUAACAUUUUUUUACAUUUUAGUCAUUUUAGCAGACGCUCUUAUCCAGAGCGACUUACAGUUAGUGAAUACAUAUUUUUUUUAUACUGGCCCCCCGUGGGAAUCAAACCCACAACCCUGGCGUUGCAAACACCAUGCUCUAUCAACUGAGCUACAUCCCUGCCGGCCAUUCCCUCCCCUACCCUGGACGACGCUGGGCCAAUUGUGCGCCGCCCAUGAGUCUCCCGGUCGCGGCCGGCUGCGACAGAGCCUGGAUUCGAACCAGGAUCUCUAGUGGCACAGUUAGCACUGCGAUGCGGUGCCUUAGACCACUGCGCCACUCAGGAGUACAAUUCAAAUGUGAGUUUGUUUCUUGGUGUGGUUUGAUGUGGAUGUCUCUUGUGUGUAUUCGCAGGUGGGAAGAGUUAGCCAAAUUUUUAUGCAGAUUAGCUUCAGCCGGCUGGUGUGCUACUGUGGCAAAGUUUUUGUUUGACUUUGGAUAGCCUAUCUCUGGGGAUAGUUAGGGACUAGGGAUUAACAUGGGUAAUCCGGGAUCCUGUCACAUUUCCCCCAAAAAUAAAAUGACAAGACCCAGGAAAUUACAACAUUUUCCCCCAAAGUCGCACUAAUGCAAUUCCACAAAAUACAUUACAUGUGCAGCAGCAGAUUACCCAAAAAAAUUAUAGCACAUUAUGCAAACAGGUUGUCGCAUUGAAAGUCGCCAUAAAUUCAAAGCACACGCAUAAUUGACACUGCCGGACUGCACACGAGACCCGAAUGCAGUUAGUAAACCCUACAAUAAACCCCUACAGUAUAGCCUAUAAAAUAGUGCAUGCUUCUUUGAGCUGUCAAUGUGACUCUUCAGACAGUCAGAAAUGUGAGAGGCCUAUGCACAAUUCACUACAUACAGUGAGGGGAAAAAAGUAUUUGAUCCCCUGCUGAUUUUGUACGUUUGCCCACUGACAAAGACAUGAUCAGUCUAUAAUUUUAAUGGUAGGUUUAUUUGAACAGUGAGAGACAGAAUAACAACAAACAAAUCCAGAAAAAUGCAUGUCAAAAAUGUUAUAAAUUGAUUUGCAUUUUAAUGAGGGAAAUAAGUAUUUGACCCCUCUGCAAAACAUUACUUGGUACUUGGUGGCAAAACCCUUGUUGGCAAUCACAGAGGUCAGACAUUUCUUGUAGUUGGCCACCAGGUUUGCACACAUCUCAGGAGGGAUUUUGUCCCACUCCUCUUUGCAGAUCUUCUCCAAGUCAUUAAGGUUUCGAGGCUGACGUUUGGCAACUCAAACCUUCAGCUCCCUCCACAGAUUUUCUAUGGGAUUAAGGUCUGGAGACUGGCUAGGCCACUCCAGGCCCUUAAUGUGCUUCUUCUUGAGCCACUCCUUUGUUGCCUUGGCCGUGUGUUUUGGGUCAUUGUCAUGCUGGAAUACCCAUCCACGACCCACUUUCAAUGCCCUGGCUGAGGGAAGGAGGUUCUCACCCAAGAUUUGACGGUACAUGGCCCUGUCCAUCGUCCCUUUGAAGCGGUGAAGUUGUCCUGUCCCCUUAGCAGAAAAACACACCCAAACCAUAAUGUUUCCACCUCCAUGUUUGACGGUGGGGAUGGUGUUCUUGGGGUCAUAGGCAGCAUUCCUCCUCCUCCAAACACGGCGAGUUGAGUUGAUGCCAAAGAGCUCAAUUUUGGUCUCAUCUGACCACAACACUUUCACCCAGUUCUCCUCUGAAUCAUUCAGAUGUUCAUUGGCAAACUUCAGACGGGCCUGUAUAUGUGCUUUCUUGAGCAGGGGGACCUUGCGGGCGCUGCAGGAUUUCAAUCCUUCACGGCGUAGUGUGUUACCAAUUGUUUUCUUGGUGACUAUGGUCCCAGCUGCCUUGAGAUCAUUGACAAGAUCCUCCCAUGUAGUUCUGGGCUGAUUCCUCACCGUUCUCAUGAUCAUUGCAACUCCACGAGGUGAGAUCUUGCAUGGAGCCCCAGGCCGAGGGAGAUUGACAGUUAUUUUGUGUUUCUUCCAUUUGCGAAUAAAUCCACCAACUGUUGUCACCUUCUCACCAAGCUGCUUGGCGAUGGUCUUGUAGCCCAUUCCAGCCUGGUGUAGGUCUACAAUCCUGUCCCUGACAUCCUUGGAGAGCUCUUUGGUCUUGGCCAUGGUGGAGAGUUUGGAAUCUGAUUGAUUGAUUGCUUCUGUGGACAGGUGUCUUUUAUACAGGUAACAAACUGAGAUUAGGAGCACUCCCUUUAGGAAUAUUUUCAUUGUUGGACAUAAAUGACUGUAAAAACACCAGGAAAUCAGCUCCAAUAACCUUUUUUGGGGGGAGAACCCUGGCAUAUGACCAUAUCUUGGUUUUAAGCACCCCUUAAAUUCUAUUAUUUAAGCUACUCCCUUAAAUUCUAUCAUGGGCAGCAAACCCAAUUCAUCUCCAUCGUUAAUUUAAGUACAUGGGUCAUUUAUAACAAAACCUUUCAAUAUUGCCAAUCAUUUCAAUGACUAUUUCACUAGUAAAGUGGAAAAGCUCAGAAGUGAAAUGACAACAUUGAACAGUGAACCAUCAUAUUUGUGUAUAAAAUAUCUAAUAAUUAAAGAGAAGGAUUGCUGUUUUGAAUUUGGUCAAGUUAGUGUGGGAGAGGUGGAAAAAAUAUUGUUAUUCAUGAAUAAUGAUAAGCCACCAUGUAUAGACAACCUUUAUGGGAAACUAUUGAGACGAUGGCGACUUAGAGUUUCAUGCGCCAGUGAGCUUGGGACGGGACAGACACAGCUGUAGGCUAUUUGUUCAAGGGACAAGAAAUAAUCAGGUAUUUUAUGACGUUUCCAUUGGAUUAGAGCAUUACAUUUUUCCCUUCCAUGCCGAGUGGUUAUCGAAAGGUAGAGAUUGGAAAUAUCUUUCAAAUACAGUGGGGGAAAAAAGUAUUUAGUCAGCCACCAAUUGUGCAAGUUCUCCCACUUAAAAAGAUGAGAGAGGCCUGUAAUUUUCAUCAUAGGUACACGUCAACUAUGACAGACAAAAUGAGAAGAAAAAAAUCCAGAAAAUCACAUUAUAGGAUUUUUAAUGAAUUUAUUUGCAAAUGAUGGUGGAAAAUAAGUAUUUGGUCAAUAACAAAAGUUUCUCAAUACUUUGUUAUAUACUCUUUGUUGGCAAUGACACAGGUCAAACGUUUUCUGUAAGUCUUCACAAGGUUUUCACACUGUUGCUGGUAUUUUGGCCCAUUCCUCCAUGCAGAUCUCCUCUAGAGCAGUGAUGUUUUUUGGGCUGUCGCUGGGCAACACGGACUUUCAACUCCCUCCAAAGAUUUUCUAUGGGGUUGAGAUCUGGAGACUGGCUAGGCCACUCCAGGACCUUGAAAUGCUUCUUACGAAGCCACUCCUUCGUUGCCCGGGCGGUGUGUUUGGGAUCAUUGUCAUGCUGAAAGACCCAGCCACGUUUCAUCUUCAAUGUCCUUGCUGAUGGAAGGAGGUUUUCACUCAAAAUCUCACGAUACAUGGCCCCAUUCAUUAUUUCCUUUACACGGAUCAGUCGUCCUGGUCCCUUUGCAGAAAAACAGCCCCAAAGCAUGAUGUUUCCACCCCCAUGCUUCACAGUAGGUAUGGUGUUCUUUGGAUGCAACUCAGCAUUCUUUGUCCUCCAAACACGACGAGUUGAAUUUUUACCAAAAAGUUCUAUUUUGGUUUCAUCUGACCAUAUGGCAUUCUCCCAAUCCUCUUCUGGAUCAUCCAAAUGCACUCUAGCAAACUUGAGACGAGCCUGGACAUGUACUGGCUUAAGCAGGGGGACACGUCUCGCACUGCAGGAUUUGAGUCCCUGGCGGCGUAGUGUGUUACUGAUGGUAGACUUUGUUAAUUUGGUCCCAGCUCUCUGCAGGUCAUUCACUAGGUCCCCUCGUGUGGUUCUGGUAUUUUUGCUCACCGUUCUUGUGAUCAUUUUGACCCCACGGGGUGAGAUCUUGCGUGGAGCCCCAGAUCGAGGGAGAUUAUCAGUGGUCUUGUAUGUCACAAUGUGAUUUUCUGGAUUUUUUUUCUUCAAUUUGUCUGUCAUAGUUGACGUGUACCUAUGAUGAAAAUUACAGGCCUCUCUCAUCUUUUUAAGUGGGAGAACUUGCACAAUUGGUGGCUGACUAAAUACUUUUUUUCCCCACUGUACAUUGAGGAACUAUUGUCAUUCUAACACAGGCUUUGUUUACUUGCUGAUUAGUGGUGGUGAGUUAAGACAAUCAGAAAUACUAUCAGACAUCUCAAAAUGUGCACAUUUAUAGGCCUACAUUUGCGCGCAGGCCAGGUAGCCUAGGCUUACUUCUAUAUGAGUAAACAGGUACGCGUCCUUACUCAACAUUGACAGGAGUGCUCCAAACGAAAGACAAUGAAUAAAUUGCCAAAAUUCAUAAAUGGAAUUAAAUAAACCAAAACUUGUUUCUCACAAGUGUAGCAUAUGUUGUGAGCUCUGCAAACGGGUCCACUCCGACAAUGAGAAUGGUAAACGACUGUAAUAACAAUAUAUUGAAUGCAUUAUCAGAAAUUACCGUAACCAAACAAACAUUGUAGAUCUUGUCACAUCUUGAUUACUUUCCGGUAAUAUGGUCAAGUGCAGCAAAGAAAGACCUAGCGAAGCUGUAGCUGGUUCAGAACAGAGCAGCAUGCCCUUAACUGCACAUACAGAACUAACAUCAACAACAUGCACACCAGUCUUUUCUGGUUGUGGGUUGACGAGAGAUUAACUGCUUCUCUUUUUAUGAGAAAUAUUACUGUGAUUAAAAUUCCAGAUUGUCUGCAUAAUCAAAUAACAUUCAGCUCAGACACCCAUACAUACCACACAAGACAUGCUAUGCCACCAGGGGUCUCUUCACAGUCACCAAGUCCAAAACAAAUUCACGGACACGCACAGUUUUAUGCAGCGGCAUGAUCACAUGGAACUCCCUUCCAUCUCCAAUUACUCAAGUAAACAGCAAAAUGACCUUAAAAAACAUUAAACAAUAUCUCAUGGAACGGCGGUAACUGUGAGGGGACACACGCACACACAGACUCUCUAACACACUAUUUUUGUUGUAUUGUUUGCAUAGUUUCUUUGUUGUAUUAUUUGUGUAUCUUUGUAUUUUAAAUUUGUGUGACAGUGUGUCAGUGUUUUGUUACUUGCCUUUUUGUUUCGUUUUUUUUUUUUUUGUGGACCCCAGGAAGAGAGUAGCUGAUGCUUCUGCAAAAGCGAAUGGGGAUCCAAAUAAACAAUGCAAAUCAAAACAAAUGGGCACUUCCGAUUUUUGCGGUAUUUCCCGGGACUCUCGGGAUAAAUAUGAAUUAUUCCCGGUAAAUUACACAAUGUAAAUGGUGGGACAAUAUUUUCAUGUUGCACAUAUUUUAGUUGUCUCAUUAAAUGCUUUCAAUAUUUGUAUAUGCAUUUCUACAAUUUAUAGUUGGUUUGAGGUUUUUAAGUUAUUGAAAUUUGGAGCAAUUGAGCUUUUAAAUAUUGUCCCAUGUACAUUGUGUAAUUUAUUGAUGGUCCCUAACUAGCCCCAUAUUGAAUGUCAAACCAAAAUGACCAUGGGCAUUAUGCAGCUGCGCUCUGAAUUGAUGAUUACUUGGGUGCUACCAGCUGUGGGCAGCAUUAAAAUAAACCCAACCCAUGGAAAACUGUUACGGUACCCUUCAUUCCGUGACAUACCAUUUUUUCCUAUCUCGCAAAUAAAUGUCAGUUUUGGACGAGACUGACUUUAUGACCAAACUAUUUACACUUUUUUGAACAUUUUGAAACUAGAAUAAAUGUUUCUGACUCUCAUCAAUGCCACAUAGGGCAAUUUGUAAAUUAUAAGUUGCUUUUUAGGGGCAGUCGCUCUUUAAGUAUAUGUUUUCAAAAUGCAUACUGCCUUCAGCUCACAUUGCAAAGUGGUGGGUGACACGCUGAUAGCCUGUAUACGUUUCCUAUGCACUUCAAUGGCGAAUGAGAGGCACGCUUCAAUUACCAGUUGAGAAAUAAAAAAACUGUUUUAAACACACGAUUGCAUUUAAAAUUAUUGCGCAAUGACUGGACUUAUAAAAGCACGUUUCACUCCAGCAGCAACAAGCUGAGGAGCUGCAGCAAAAGCUCUAGUGCUGUCUGACAAGUGAUAUUACGCUCAAAAUAGGCUCUGUAUGCUGUGCGUGUGUGAUAAAUAAGAUGCAUGAUGACCUUGCUUACAUUUGUAUAUGAUUACGUCUUUCUAUUAUGCGUGGGAAUACUUGGGAACAGAUUUCAGACAUUUUAAUCACUUGGAGCUGAUUUCCUGGUGUUUUUACAGUAUUUUAUAUCCAACAAUUAAUUAUAAUACAAAUUUGCUCAGAAAACUUGGGGGAGUGGGGGCAAAUAAAGCCACCCACGGGCCAAAUUCGGCUCACGGGCCACCAGUGUUGGGGAACCCAGCUAUAGACCGAUAAGCAUGAAUGUCAAAUGUAUUUCCAUCGACUGAUAUUUCCAUCUAUUUGGCCGGCAACAAUUGUAUUUAUCAGCCAAAAGCCAACCAAUUAUCGGCUAACGGAAACCCUGACACAAACACACUGAGGGUUAAAUACACCAUAUUUAUUGUUAACGUUAUUGUCUUCUGAUGGCUUUUGUUGUCGUCUUGGUAUGGCUGUGUUGAUCGAUAGACUAUGGCUGUGUUUGAAAUGGCAGUGCACUACAUAGGUAAUAGGGUACCAUUUCAGACGCACUUUAUCAUCAAGCUAUCCAUCUUGACCAUGGUGUCCGUCUCUGCCCAGGUGGUGGGCCAUAAGGAGGGCCUGGACGUGAUGGAGCGGGCAGACCCCUUGUUCCUGCUCAUCGGCCUGCCCACCAUCCCCCUCAUGCUGAUCCUGGGGAAGAUGAUCCGCUGGGAAGACUAUGUGCUGCGCCUCUGGAGGAAGUACUCCAACAAGCUGCAGAUCCUCAACAGCAUCUUUCCAGGUCAGAACGGACACAUUGGUAGGGAUGCAAACCGUUCUGCAACAACGGUGUUAUACUACAAUGGGUGGAAUUCAGUUUAUUCAUUGUGUGUGUGUCUGUAUAAUGAAGUGUGGGUGAUAAAGAUGUUAUUAUAUACUUGAUGGAUGAUGCUACCUGUGUUAAAGGUUGUUGAAAUGUUGUGUGUGUGGGGAUAUAAGAACGCUGAGAGGUGGCCGUGUCCGUUGGGGCUUGUGGAGGUCCAGUAGCGGUGGGUUUUUCCACUGAGCUCAUCAUCAAGGAUAGUGAUUGAUGUGGGGAGAAACCGGACCCCAGGGCUCAGCCGGAACCUUCAACCUUUUCUCCCUGCAGUCUCAGCUUGCUGGGCAAGAGCAGGUGUGCUCCUUUACCCCCACUCGGCUGCCCGAAAUAAAGAUACUGGUACAGACUGGUGCAUAUAUUACUCAGUGGCUGGCACACCUUUUUUCUCUCAUCACUUGAUGAUUGUGUAUUUGUAUGUCUUGUGUAACAUAGCCAGCUGUGUAAAGAUGUACUGGCAAAACAACACCCACAAUGCACCUCACCCAUCCUGACCCUGCCCCCUCUUCUUUGUCUCUCUCAGGGAUUGGGUGUCCAGUGCCUCGUAUCCCGGCAGAGGCCAGCCCCCUGGCAGACCACGUGUCAGCCACCAGGAUCCUGUGUGGUGCCCUGGUCUUCCCUACCAUCGCCACCAUCGUGGGCAAACUCAUGUUCAGCAGCGUCAACUCCAACCUGCAGAGGACCAUUCUGGUAGGUAACACAAACUGUCAGUCAUACACACAGACAGUGACUGGCUUGGGUCUUGGCCAUUGUAGUUAUCUUGACCACAUAUUCCUCCUAUUUAGUGAUUGCAGGGUUUUUGCAAUGGCUAUACCUGUACUAGCUCCUACUGGCCCAUUCUGAGGUAACUAAGUUAGCUGGCAGUUAGAUGGUAGUUGGCUGUAAGUUAAUUGGUAGUUAUUCCUCAUGAAUUUAGGAUGUAGGAAUGUACCUAGCAAGGCAGGCUGAAGUCAAUGCGACAACCAGGGCUUUAGGCCUCCUUGUGACCCAUCACCCCUGUGCACCACACACACGCACACACCUGAGAGUGCGCUGAAUGCCCCCUCUGGACAUUUCUGCCCCACGCAGACACUCACACUCAGGUUCCCUUUAACCCCACUUAGCAUUAGAGCAACAAAACUACCUGAUCUCAUGGUUCUAUUAGUAAAUUACUCAAUGGAGGCUGUGUUGGCACUGACAUGGAGAGGUGUACAUGUAUUGUCAUAUGGCAGGUUAUAGUGAACCGUUUUAAGGAUAUACUGUAUCUACUACAGUAUUAGAGAACUACACAGAGUACAAAACAUUAGACACACCAACAUCAAUUCGUUGGGCCAUGGACUCUACAAAGUGUCGAAAGUAGACACAGUUGUGUCAAGUUGGCUGGAUGUUCUUUGGGUGGUGGACCAUUCUUUAUACACACGGAAACUGUUGAGCGUGAAAAAAACUGGUUUGCAGUUCUUGACACAUUCAAACCGGUGUGCCUGGAACCUAUUACCAUACCCCGUUCAAAGGCACUUAAAUAUUUUGUCUUGCCCAUUUACCCUCUGAAUGGCACACAUACACAAUCCACUGUCUCAAUGCUUAAAAAUCCUUCUUUAACCUGUCUCCUCCCCGUCAUCUACACUGAUUAAAGUGGAUUUAACAAGUGUCAUCAAUAAGGGAUCAUAGCUUUCACCUGGUCCGUCUGUCAUGGAAAGAGCAGGUGUUCCUAAUGUUUUGUACAAUCAGUUGUGUAGCAAAUGGAAAAACCAGACAGAGCAGCAAGAUAAAGAACAAUGACAAAUGAGUUGAUACAUGCCGAGCUGAGUGCUGAUGACCCCUCCUUGGUACUGUGCUUACCCUUAGUUAUUUUUGUCCUGUCUGCAGGGUGGGAUCGCGUUUGUGGCCGUCAAGGGAGCGUUCAAAGUGUACUUCAAACAGCAGCAGUACCAGAGACAAGCCCACCGCAAGAUCCUCAACUUUACCGAGGCACAGGAGGCC